CCUGCGGCGGUCUCGUCAAAGCCCCCCCUGUUCCACAACGCCGACGAGAUUGCUCGCGAUGUCUAUUCUAUCCUACAUCUUUAAGCCGCUGGCAUACCUCUCCCUGCCAUUCCUGCUCUUGCAAGCCGCGGCGCAGGCAUCGCCGAUCGCAAGAUACUACGCCCGCGUGUAUCUCUACCUCUCGACGCUCGGGUUGUGCUCGGUGUGGGGUGCUUGCAUCUCCAUCGUGCUUUCGGCAGUAGGCAAACGGUUUGACGUCAACUACUAUGUCGCGCGGUCCUUCUACUUCCUCGCAAGUCGAACGGUCGGGAUCCGCUUCCAGGUGGAAGGAGAGGAACAUCUCAGCACUCGCCCUGCUGUCUUAGUUGGGAACCAUCAAAGUAUGCUAGAUAUAAUAUAUCUUGGAAGGAUAUUUCCUAAACGUACAUCGAUCAUGGCCAAGAAAGAACUGCAGUGGUCACCUCUCCUCGGUCAAUACAUGACCCUUUCCGGCGCCGUCUUCGUUGACCGGGGCAACAACGCGAAAGCAGUCCGUUCACUUACGGCCGCUGGAGAGGUCAUGAGGAGCAGACACACGUCGAUCUGGAUGUUCCCCGAGGGCACGCGCUCGAUGCGAGAGGCACCUGACAUGCUGCCCUUCAAGAAAGGCGCCUUCCAUCUCGCCGUGCAGUCCCAGCUUCCGAUCGUUCCGGUAGUUUGCGAAAACUACUGGCGGUUGUACCGACAAGGCGUAUUUGAGCCAGGUGUUCUGAAGAUCAAAGUCCUACCACCCGUUCCCACCACGGGUUGCAGGCCGGAAGACGUACCCGCUCUUGUCAACCGUGUACGCGAGGUGAUGCUUGCUGCCCUACGGGAGAUCUCAGUUCCGGUGCCCGGCCCGACGGUCAACACGCCCUCUCCUCCGCCUACAGGAGAAUUAAAGACGGUGAUAGACGAACGAACACCCAUUCCUGCACCUUCCACGUCGUCGCCUUUGCAGCGACACGAUAGCAAGGAGUCCGUUCCUUCGUCUGUCUCUUCGGAAUCACGAGGUAUCAGGCGAGAACCGAGUGAAAACGGUACGGAGACAGAAGAAGACGAGGGAAUGGUACUGGUCGGGCGACCACAUUGAUGCACGCGUUUCCUGACGAAGCGUUAGCCAAUGACCGGCGCUUCGUCGUGCCUGCCAGUGAUGUGGUACGGAGAUUUAAGGAGGAACAUUAUGAAAUAAUCUACGUAUAUUCUACCUUUGCAUCCCUGAGCGGAAAUGCGAGACGUAAAGGAACGUGCGUUCCCGUAGCGAGGUUCGGUCACGUUUGCCAUAAAUAUAUCAUCGCGU